AUGCACGCCUUCGGGCCACCUGCCGAGCCGCCGCCUCACGCCCAGGAGCUGCUGGACGUGGCGGCGUGUCCCGGUAUCUACCCACCGGGCAGGUCCUUGCCCCAGCCUCACACCACCGCUAACCCUUACCUGUGGCUCGGCGGCCCCCCCACGGCCUACCUGCCCGCCGGCCCCUUCCUGCCCUCGGGCUGCGCCGGCGCGCAGCGGCCGCUGUCGGUGUCCCCGGGAGCGGAGCGGGGCUGGCCAGAGCUGGCAGCGCAGCAGGAGCUCCUGCGCCCUGCGCGGCCGCCCUACUCCUACUCGGCGCUGAUCGCCAUGGCCAUCCACAGCGCGCCGGGCCGGCGGCGGACCCUCAGCCAGAUCUACCAGUACGUGGCCGACAACUUCCCCUUCUACAAGAAAAGCAAAGCGGGCUGGCAGAACUCCAUCCGCCACAACCUCUCCCUUAACGACUGCUUCAAGAAGGUCCCGCGGGACGAGGACGACCCGGGCAAAGGCAACUACUGGACCCUCGACCCCAACUGCGAGAAGAUGUUUGAUAACGGCAAUUUCAGGAGGAGGAGGAAGAGACGGGCUGAGGCCAGCAUGCCAGAAGGGGCUGGGGGGCUGCGGGGGUCCCCCAGUGCUGAUACCCCCUUCUAUGGAGCCCAGAUGUGACUGGAGCUCUGCAGACACUCUGCUAACGCGUGAGAGGCAUAUUUUUGUAACGUGUAAGUGUGCAUUUUUCUAUGCAACCUGUAAAUAACAAGAUGUAUGAGGAAGGGAGCAGUGGUGAGAGUGUUCUGGGAGCUGAGCUAAGCUGUCACGGCUGCUUAUGAGUGCUGCUUUCUCUCUGUUUUCACACUGCCCUUCCCCAUCAGAAUUUUGGAAAGGCUUUAUAACCUCCUGCCAUGUAGGUGUCCAGGGUCCUUUCUCACCUGUGCAGGGCCAAGAGCAAAGCAGAGCCACAGGAGCCCAACUUGCAAUGGAAGGGUCCAUGCUGGAUGCCAGGUUCCUAGGUCCCAGUUAUGGACCUUCUGGGUAAAUUCUGGGAGGCAUAAGCCUGGUUUGCUGCCUGGAUGUUCCAGAGUUCAUAGAAUGGUUUGUUUAAAGGUCAUCUACUCCAAUCCCUCUGUAGUCAGCAGGACAUCUUUAACUAGAUCAGGUUGCUCAAGAACACCAAACAAUCUGACCUGAAAUGGUUCUAGGGAUGGGGCAUCUUCCAUCACUGGACAGCCCUAGGUGUAAGAAAUGCCUUCUUUCUCUGUAGUCUGGAUCUCCCAUCUUAGUUUCAGAGCAUCACCCCAUGUUCUUUCACAAUGCAUCCUGCUAGAAAGUCUGCUCCCAUCUUUCUUACUGUCCCCUUUAAGUUCUGAAAGGCCACAAGGAGGUCUCCCAGGAGCCUUCUCUUCUUGCAGGAUCACAGGAUAUUAGGGGUUGUAAGGGACCCAAGGAGAUCAUUGAGUCCAACCUCCCUGCCAGAACAGGACCACACAGUCUAGCACAGAUCACAGAGAAACGUAUCCAGACAGGCCUUGAAAGUCUCCAGAGAAGAGGCUGAACAACCCCAAGUCUCUCAGCCCUUUUUUGUAGGAGUGGUGCCCUAGCCCUCUGAUCACUUUUGUGCCAGGAGGGAGCUUAGUGUGCAGGGAGAUGCAGAGGGCUGUGCCCUCAUCUCAUUCCCAGGAGGGCCCAGGCUGGCGUGCGUGGCACCCAGCCGCACCAUUCUCUGCAGCCUCUUUGAAUCCAACCCCUUUAUUUUUUUCCCCAAACACACAAGAUCAUCUUUGUGUCAGCCUGUGGAGCUGACAAUAAUUCGUAGGAAGAAUUUCAGAUUUAAUCGAGCGUCCAGAAUGAAGCUGGAUCCCCGCUGAGGAGCUGUUUAAUUGCUGGGUUUCCUGCUAACUGCCUUGUGGGGAGCCGGUGGCCCGUGGCGCAGGUGUCCCAGUGCAGCCUGGAUUCUGCCCUGCAGCGCAGCAGCAGACCCUCUAGAGGACCUGCUGCUUGAGGCCACCUCGUUAAAAACGCCUCUUAUUUAUCCACUAGUAUGUGUGGUUUCUGCAUUUUUCGUGGUUAUUCGCAGCAGUGAUUUUUGGGGGCAUUUUAUUAAAUGCUUAAGAUUUUGGCCACCUCUGUUUGCAUUUUAACACUUACUGCCUGCUCCCUGCUUUUGGUUUCUGGUUGGUUUUCUUGGUUUGAAGUAAAGAACAUUGUGAACUUUCUAAUCUGUUCCCUUUCCUUUCAGAGUCUCUAUCUCCUCCAGGCUGUUCUUCCUUGCUUAUGACAAAAAUCUGACUUAAUAUUAACUAAAAAGCUGAAAAUACUGUUACUUACAGGAGAGCAACCCAAAACAGAGACCUGUGUAAUGCGAAUUACUUGUUCAUUUGAAUGGAACUAUAAACCAAGUUUGACAAAAAAUAAACCAUAGACCAAACUGUCUAGAAACUUAAAA